AAGAGGUCAAAGGGCGAGGCGGCAUAUUUCAUGCGCGCGGGUGCUUGAAAGCGGUGACGAUAAGUUCGGAGCGGACAAAACAGCGCAGUGACCAUGGCGGAGAGACCGGAGGACCUGAACCUGCCCAACGCGGUCGUCACGAGGAUCAUCAAGGAGGCGCUUCCUGAAGGUGUGAACAUCUCCAAAGAGGCCCGCAGUGCCAUCUCGAGGGCGGCCAGCGUCUUUGUCCUUUAUGCCACAUCAUGUGCCAAUAACUUUGCCAUGAAGGGCAAGAGGAAGACCCUGAGUGCAGGGGACGUCCUGACCGCCAUGGAGGAGAUGGAGUUCCAGAGAUUCCUCCCACCAUUGAGAGAAGCCCUAGAAGCGUACAAAAAGGGCCAGAAGGGUAAGAAGGAAGCCUCGGAGCUGAAGAGGAAAGACAAGGAAAAGAAAAGCGACGUGGAGGACAACGAGAGGAGCCGUGAGGAAGAGAACGAGGAAGAGGAGGAGGAGCGAAUGGAGGAGGAGCAGAAGGAGGGAGACAAUGACGAGGACGAGGAGGACAUGGCCAACUGAGGAAGACGGGGCAGCAGAUAAGCCCCAGACUGAGACUGCCGGCCCACCUGCCCAGGCCCCCUGGCAUUGUGUUCUCUGUCCCCCGAUCCUGGACGGGUGGCAUUAUUGGACUAGUGACUGUGCCACUGAGACCCCCCCCACUCUUUGAAAGCCCCCCGCUGUUGUUGUUCCCAGCAGCUUUAGUGAAGUAAAUGCCAAUUAGAAAUGCUGCCCGCUGCUGCCCCCUCGUGUUGUUGUGUUCUCUCUGAAUGGCCGGUGCCACUUCCUGUCGUGGCGGGAGACGUGGCUUCUUCCGCCUCAUGUCCGCUUUUACCCACACAAGUAGCCCACCUUGAAAACUUAACAGUCUGGAGCGGUGGCCGUGACACUCAACUAGGGCAGGGGCAUUUCAUAUGGUGCUAGCUGGCACAGGUGGCAGCCCCUAAGGAUGAAAAGCACUGAAGGACCAGCCUCUGUGCCCACCUGGCCAGUUUGGGUUUGUUUAAAUAUGAGGCACACAGCCGCUUCCCCCAGUCCUGAAUCAGUGUUGGCACAUGCCAGCACCCACAUCACAGCUUUGUUUUCAGUGCCCACGAGCUGCUGCCUCCAUGAAAUACUCAACGGGGUGGGGGAGGUGCACUGAUGUCCCCAACUGUGGGUGGGCACACUGGCCAUGCCCCAAGUUAACCAUUUUGUUCUGCUAGAUUUACACCUGGCACAUAUCACCCUGUGGAGGUUAGGCUGACCCUGUGGGCACCUGGACUUUAUGGGGGCCCUCUCACUUUGCUCCCUGCCCAAGGUCAUGCCCGUCUUGUAGACCCCGUGUUUUACAUUUCCUCACCAUUGACUGCAUUUGGUGUGCUUCGCUGUGCCACCGCCAGCCAAUGGCAGCAGAAAUCGAGAAAAGCCCCUCCGAGUUUGGGGGACCCCCAAGGCAGCGAGCUGAGUUACGUCGCUUUACCUCAACUCUAUUCUGCCACUCGGUUUGCUCUCCGCGUCCCCUGAAGGAUUUAAUGCCCCAAAGUGUUUGUUUUACUCACUGGCGUGAUGCCACAAGGGGGUAACAAACGGUCUGAUCUGACAAACCCCUCGAGCCACCCCACCAUGUGGGUCAAGUAGGGCACAAGGUCGAGUGUUUGAAUGAGGGGACAUCCCUGCUGCCAUCUGUCACUCACUUGAGUGCCAUCAACACUGGCAGACUGGGCAACUGAAGAUAAAAAAUUUAAAAUUCACCGACCAGCGAAUCAGCAGAGCAGACCCCGGCCGUGUGAAUGACUCGGUGGGCUCCUUUUCCAGAUGCGCUUUACGUGACGACAUCUUGGGGGAAAAAACCCACGUGGCACCGACUGGGUGACGCUGGGGGAUUUUUUGAAGGACUCUUUGCUGUAGUGUUGGUCAGCGUAGACCCCCGCUACGUCAGACACGCCGUUGGCACCAUGAAAACGUGAGACUUGCUGCGGGUGGGCUAACAACAGUCCUGGGGGCAAACGAAACGGAGAAUGCCAAGAGGAGUGGGUAUGGGGGGUAAAUGCCACCUCACAGCAUGAACAGCCACUCGAGUGGCAGACCUGCUGCUGUACUCGUGUGGAAAUAAACUGGGAAAAGUGGAAUGAAAUGUCAACAAUCGGGCAGAGUGCCUGCUGUAUGCCCAUCAAACUAAGGACUCGUGUGUGUCCUUUUGUGUCAUGUGGCCCCCAUGUCUGCUCCACUUGGCACUGU